AUGAUGUCCAAAUUUAACACCGAAGAAAAAUCGCCGCUUCUAUUCGUCUUGGACGCCGAAGACGAUCUAUCGCGCUCCCGAUACUUCGACAGGAGCCGAUUCAGCGGAAUCUCGACGGGAGCCACGGCUGUUUUCACGCAGUUCCCAAAUUACAUAAAUCCCUGUUGGUUGAUGACGGCCCUUUGCAGCAUCGUCUUCUUCAUGAUGUUCUUCAUACUAGUAUCUCUGAUGACGGCAGUGACGUUCAAAAUGCCGAGAUGCACGGCAAUGGGCGAUGAAACGUUCAACAAAACCAUCCAUUUGGUGCACGUGCAUCAGCCGUACCGCGAAGCCGACCAAAUCAGGAUCAUCGAGGACCUGAUGGCCGUUAAAUCCGAUUACAAUAUUCGAAUUUUGUCUAUUUCCAAUGGCGUUGAACAUCCUGUUAAAGGAACCGAUGCACCUAACAGUACUUAUACAGAGGUGGUGACUACGAGAGCAACUACUGCGUCUACUGUUAAUGCUACUGUUGAAAAAAAGAAGGCCUUGUACAAACUGUUGCGUCGAGAAGUCGACCCCAAGCGGUUUUUCGACAUGCUUUUGCGGGGUACUUUCGUAAAAAUCGACCAUUUAAUCGAAACGACUACGACAAUUCCGCCAACAACCACCAAGUCGACGAAGCGAAUCCGCAGCGUGGAGGAAUUGUCCGAAUUGUAUCCGCAACGGGUAACGUACGAGAGGACGACGUUCAAUCAGCAAUUUUACGUUAACUCUCCGCUGUAUCCUUACUAUACUUUUUUGAGCGACAAAGCCAAAAUAUUUGCCAUGCGGGUGUUGCAAAUUUGGCAGUACGGCGGAGUGAGUUACGAUUUGCAAGCGCCCGGAGAUGUCCUGAAAGAUAUCGUUAGGAAUAAGUUCGAUAAAGUGAGGAAUUUUGUUAUAACCGAAAGGGAAUCUGCAGAGAGCAAUGAAAAUUCGAACAAAAUCGGCGAGAUGAUUGUCAGCGUGGACGAAAAGGGGCUGCAUUUGGAGAGCAAAGUGGCGUGUCACGCGUUUUUCGGGCAACUUUUAAUGACAUUGAGAAGGACGGACAAAUGGUCGACUGUGAAGCAUUUAAUGCAGUACAGCAUUCGAAGGUAUUGCAAACAUUACGCGCACAAUUCCGAUUAUUGCCACAUGUACAUGAAUGUUUGA